UAAUGUCACUUUAGACAGGUUCAGCCAUUCAAAUAUCUAGGCUUAUCUAAGAGCUUAUCUAAGCAUAUCGUCACCCUCCCAACGCAGUCAAGCACUAAAAUAGAGCCAGCCAUUCGAAAGGCUAAGCGAUCCACACGGCAGAGCUCCGCUUCAUCCAAUAAAAUUCCCAACUCAUUUAUACUUUAGCAUCAAAAUUCAACCCAGAAACUCACAGAAAUCAAUGGCCACAGUGAAGAGAAUCAAGCUUGGUUCACAAGGCUUGGAAGUUUCUGCUCAAGGCUUAGGUUGCAUGGGGAUGUCAGCCUUCUACGGCCCUCUAAAACCUGAGCCUGAAAUGAUCGCUUUGAUUCACCAUGCCAUCAACAGUGGCAUCACUUUUCUUGACACUUCUGAUGUAUAUGGUCCUCACACCAACGAAAGUCUUCUGGGAAAGGCUUUGAAGGGGGGGAUGAGGGACAGAGUUGAAUUGGCCACCAAAUUUGGCGCCUGCUUUCAGGAUGGCAAGCCAGAAAUUCGGGGCGAUCAGGCUUACGUGAGGGCUGCCUGUGAGGGGAGCUUGCAUAGGCUAGGUGUUGAUUGUAUUGAUCUUUAUUACAUACAUCGGAUUGACACUCGAGUCCCCAUUGAAGUCACGAUGGGGGAACUUAAAAAGCUAGUUGAGGAGGGAAAGGUAAAGUACAUAGGCCUCUCUGAGGCAUGUGCUUCAACAAUUAGAAGAGCUCAUACUGUUCAUCCUAUAACAGCUGUGCAGCUAGAAUGGUCCUUAUGGUCACGAGAUGCAGAGAAAGAGAUAAUUCCCACUUGCAGGGAACUUGGCAUUGGCAUUGUUGCAUACAGUCCUUUAGGACAAGGAUUCCUUUCAUCAGGGCCUAAGUUGCUUGAAAACAUGUCAAAGGAUGACGUUAGACAGAACUUACCCAGGUUGCAACCUGAAAAUCUUAAGCACAACAAGAAGUUGUUUGAGCGUGUUAAUGAGAUGGCAGAAAAGAAGGGAUGUACAACGUCACAGCUUGCUUUAGCCUGGGUUCAUCACCAGGGAGAUGAUGUUUGUCCGAUUCCUGGAACCACAAAAAUGGACAACUUUAAUCAGAAUAUUAAAGCGUUGUCUGUGAAACUUACUCCAGAAGAAAAGGUUGAACUUGAAUCCAUUGCUUCGGUGGAUGCUGUAAAGGGUGAUAGAAGUAUGCAUAGCCGUGCUACUUACCACAACUCUGAAACCCCACCGCUAUCUUCAUGGAAAGCUUCUUAGAGUCAUGGACUUACACAGUCCUUUCUGCACUUUUAUUUUGUUGUGAGGAAGUGUAUUUGUAUGUUAAAUUACUACUAUUGAUAUGAAAAAAGGAAGAAAAAUGUGAUGCUAUUGUUUCAAACUAAAUAAAGGAAGAUCAAUGCAAGUUAUAAUAAUAGUUUUGGUGAUCUCUCA